AUGUCCAUCUGGGUCAUUGAUAGACGUCGGAUAUUCUUAGCCUUCUUUAUUUUCGGUCUUUUGAACAAUGUUCUUUAUGUUGUCAUCCUUUCAGCCGCUGUUGACCUAGUCGGUCCCUCCACACCAAAAGCGGUGGUGUUGUUAUCAGACAUAAUCCCAUCCUUGACGGUUAAAGUGCUUUCCCCUUUCGUAAUGCAUUUGAUACCUUACCGGCAAAGGAUAUGGACUUUAGUUGCUCUUUCUUCUUCGGGAAUGGCGAUUGUAAGUUUGACAAAUCAGGAUGCUACGGUAUCGAAAGUCCUAGGUAUUGUUAUGGCGUCCGCUUCUUCGGGCUUAGGAGAAGUAUCCUUCCUUCAAUUGACUCAUUACUAUGAGACAACGUCGGCGCUUGGCGGUUUUUCUUCUGGCACCGGGGGAGCUGGCCUCGCAGGAAGCUUUCUCUUUAUGGUUUUAACCAAUGUGUUAGGAAUCCAAGUAUGGAUUGCCCUUCUCUUGUUUGCCGCUGCUCCAUUAGGCUUCAUCCUUGCUUACUACUUCAUGCUUCCCGCGCCUGUAUUAGAUCAAUCAUAUUCUGCCAUCGAUGAUGCGGACAUGUCAGAAUUCGGACUAGAUCCCGUGGAUCAAGAAGAAGGCUUCCCAACUAUGACGGCAUACGCAUCCAGGAAAGAGUUGAUUAUUCAACACAUCAAGAAUACAUUUGGAGAAAUACGUCCUUUGAUCAGACCAUUCAUGUUGCCAUUAUGCACCGUAUAUGUUGCAGAAUAUGUGAUCAACCAAGGAAUAUCUCCCACAAUGCUAUUUCCAUUAAAGGAUUUACCGAAAUGGCUCUUUUCCUCGUACAGAGACAUUUAUGUUGUUUACGGGUUUUUGUAUCAAUUGGGAGUCUUUGUCUCUAGAUCAUCGAUAAACUUUGGAAUCCGAGUGAGCAAUCUCAGCAUUUUAAGCGUGCUACAGGUUUUGAACGUCUUGAUUACGUUAUGCCAAUCGAUUUUUGACUUGCCCUUUUCAAAUAUAUGGCUAGUCCUCAUGUUGAUAUUUUACGAAGGUCUCCUUGGCGGACUUCUGUACGUCAACACAUUUAUGUCAGUUAGCGAGCAAGCACCACCAGAAAAGAGAGAGUUUUCAAUGGGUUGCGUCGGAAUCAGCGACUCGUUUGGCGUGAUGUUAGCCGGAUGCAUAAAUCUAUGGUUAGAAACCAAACUUUGUGAGUUACAGGUCAACAGAGGCCGGAGUUGGUGUAGGACUGGAUGA